AUGUCAACAUCAUACAACACAGCACUAGCGCUGCUGAAGCAGGCAUCCCAAGGAGUAAAAGCAGGCAAAGUUGUCAAUGCCGCUGAUCAAGUGGAAGUUGUCCCUCUGCUUGACUCCAUUGGUCGCGUUGCUGCCCAUGAUAUCCGCAGCCGUCUUACAACACCAGAGUUUGAUACAUCGGCGAUGGACGGGUACGCUAUCAGCUCUGCUGCAACUCGGAACGCAACGCCGGAGUCUCCAGUUAUAUUUCGAGUAAUGGGAACCAUAGCCGCUGGCGAUGAGCCCAAGUCGUGGGCAUCCCAUUCGAUCGACGACUGUGGAAUUGCAGAAACUUGCAUUGAGAUCAUGACUGGAGCUAGGUUUCCGGAACCAGGCCCUGGAGGGGAAGAAUUAGAUGCUUGCAUCAAGAUGGAGGAUACUCUGCCAAUUUCCUCAAUAUCUUCUUGCGACAGAAAAUGGCAUUCAUCUUUGAAGUCUGCAAAGUUCAUCGUCGUGGUCAGGCCGGUGCCAAAGUAUGCGAACCGACGCUUUGCAGGAGGGGACAUUUGCGAGGGCGACAUUGUCCUUCGAGCUGGUCAAACGAUAUGUGCUUCGCACCUGAUGCCGUUGGGGUCUGUAGGAACCCAGUCAGUCGCUGUGCAAAUGAGGCCGAAAGUUCAAGUGUUUUCCACUGGCAAGGAGUUGCUCAGGGAACAAAAUGAAGCCGCAAGCGGAGCAGAUCAGCUAGAUAGCCGAGAAGCACGGCAUACAACAGGCUCACGAGGAAGCAGCAUUAGAGAUGUCAAUGGUGUCUUCCUUACAGCUGCUUUCCGCGAAGUUGGUGCCGAGUCACAGUUUUUGGGGCAGUUGGCGGAUGAGACAAAAGAUAUUGCGAACGCAAUUUCUCAUGUUCUCAGCUCAAGUUCAACACCUGAUAUAAUUGCCACAAGUGGCGGCGUGUCGGUUGGAAAGUUCGACCACAGAUGGAUUGCUUCCAGCCUGGACGUGUGA